GCGCCUGGCCUCGCCCGCCCCGGCCCGGACUCCGCUCGCUCAUUCCGCCGCCGCCGUCCGCAGACUCGGUCACCAUUCAAGAUGGCAGAGGCUCAUCAAGCUGUGGCCUUCCAGUUCACUGUCACCCCUGAUGGCAUCGACCUCCGCCUGAGCCAUGAAGCCCUCAAACAGAUCUGCCUGUCGGGGCUGCACUCCUGGAAGAAGAAGUUUAUCCGAUUCAAGAAUGGCAUCAUCACUGGUGUGUUCCCUGCGAGUCCCUCCAGCUGGCUUAUCGUGGUGGUGGGUGUGAUAUCAUCCAUGCAUACCAAAGUGGACCCCUCCCUGGGCAUGAUUGCGAAGAUCAGUCGGACCCUGGACACCACUGGCCGCAUGUCAGGCCAGACGAAGAACAUCGUGAGUGGCAUCCUCUUUGGAACCGGGCUCUGGGUGGCCAUCAUCAUGACUAUGCGCUACUCACUGAAGGUGCUGCUCUCCUACCACGGCUGGAUGUUUGCAGAGCACGGCAAAAUGAGCCGAAGCACCAGGAUCUGGAUGGCUAUGGUCAAGGUCUUCUCAGGUCGAAAGCCCAUGUUGUACAGCUUCCAGACGUCUCUGCCGCGCCUGCCUGUCCCAGCUGUCAAAGAUACUGUGAGCAGGUAUCUAGAAUCAGUGAGGCCGCUGAUGAAGGAAGGAGACUUCCAGCGCAUGACAGCGUUGGCCCAGGAUUUUGCUGUCAACCUCGGACCCAAAUUGCAGUGGUAUUUGAAGCUAAAAUCCUGGUGGGCCACAAAUUAUGUGAGUGACUGGUGGGAGGAAUACAUCUACCUGCGAGGCCGAGGGCCACUCAUGGUCAACAGCAACUACUACGCCAUGGAGAUGCUCUACAUCACCCCCACCCAUAUUCAGGCGGCGAGAGCUGGGAACACCAUCCACGCCAUACUGCUGUAUCGUCGCAUGGUUGACCGUGAGGAACUCAAACCGAUUCGUCUUCUGGGAUCCACAAUUCCACUCUGCUCUGCCCAGUGGGAGAGACUCUUCAAUACUUCCCGCAUCCCUGGGGAGGAGACAGACACCAUCCAACACAUCAAGGACAGCCGGCACAUUGUCGUGUACCACAGAGGCCGCUACUUCAAGGUCUGGCUCUACCAUGAUGGGAGACUGCUGAGGCCCCGAGAGCUGGAGCAGCAGAUACAGCAGAUCCUGGAUGACCCCUCAGAGCCGCAGCCCGGGGAGGCCAAGCUGGCUGCCCUCACUGCCGCAGACAGAGUGCCCUGGGCAAAGUGUCGGCAGACCUACUUUGCACGAGGGAAAAAUAAGCAAUCCCUGGAUGCGGUAGAAAAGGCAGCAUUCUUUGUGACAUUGGACGAAUCGGAACAGGGAUACAGAAAGGAGGACCCUGAGGCAUCUAUUGACAGCUACGCCAAAUCUCUGCUGCAUGGUCGAUGUUUUGACAGGUGGUUUGACAAGUCCAUCACCUUCGUUGUCUUCAAAAACAGCAAGAUAGGUAUAAACGCAGAGCACUCCUGGGCGGACGCGCCCAUCGUGGGCCAUCUGUGGGAGUAUGUCAUGGCCACCGACGUCUUCCAGCUGGGCUACUCAGAGGAUGGACAUUGUAAAGGAGACACCAACCCUAGCAUCCCUAAACCCACCAGGCUACAGUGGGACAUCCCAGGAGAGUGCCAGGAGGUCAUAGAGACAUCCCUGAGCAGUGCCAGUCUUUUGGCAAAUGAUGUGGACCUGCAUUCCUUCCCAUUUGACAACUUUGGCAAAGGCUUGAUCAAGAAGUGCCGGACGAGUCCCGACGCCUUCAUCCAGCUGGCGCUGCAGCUCGCACAUUACAAGGACAUGGGCAAGUUUUGCCUCACGUAUGAGGCCUCCAUGACUCGGCUCUUCCGAGAGGGGAGGACAGAGACUGUACGCUCCUGCACUACGGAGUCCUGCAACUUUGUGCUGGCCAUGAUGGACCCCAAAACAACGGCAGAGCAGAGGCUCAAGCUGUUCAAGAUAGCUUGUGAGAAGCACCAGCACCUGUACCGCCUCGCCAUGACGGGCGCCGGCAUCGACCGCCAUCUCUUCUGCCUCUAUGUGGUGUCCAAGUAUCUUGCGGUCGACUCACCUUUCCUGAAGGAGGUAUUGUCUGAGCCAUGGAGGUUGUCUACAAGCCAGACUCCUCAGCAGCAAGUGGAGCUGUUUGACUUUGAGAAACACCCUGACUAUGUGUCCUGUGGAGGGGGCUUUGGGCCGGUUGCUGAUGAUGGCUAUGGUGUUUCCUACAUUAUCGUGGGAGAGAAUUUCAUCCACUUCCAUAUUUCUUCCAAGUUCUCUAGCCCUGAGACGGAUUCACACCGCUUUGGGAAGCAUGUUAGACAAGCCAUGAUGGACAUUAUCAGCUUGUUUGGCCGCACCAUCAAUUCAAAAAAGUAACCCUUUGAGCCACAUGGAAGGAAAACAGACUUUUGUGAUACAAACCAAAUGAAUAGGUGUUGCUCCUGAUCAUAGGACAGGCAGAAAAUUGUUCUUAUAAAACCCAGUUUUCCUUCCAGAAGGUUUACCGUGGGUCUCCCUAGAACAACAGUAGGCUCCACCGUGUGAAUUGUGACCCUACUACACCCACAGAGGCCCUGACUUCAGGAAUAUUGGGCAUAGUCCCCUGAAGUCUUUUGAAUCGGCUCCUACUGGAAAAGGGGACUUAAAUGCUGGUGAAUUCCUGGAUUUUGGGGGUUGUCUCUUCACACAUGUUGGAGGUGACAGACUUCCUCAGUGGUGACCCUGUGAAUACUUGGGACUUGAGGGUAUCUGACUGCACCCUGGCAGUGCGAGUGUCACCUUAUGGAAAGAGAAAGCAUCUUCAGAGCCAGCGGAGGUAACAGUUGUAGCUAACACACCUAUAACAUACUAAUGGAAUGGUUAGGCCUGGGAAUUAAGGUUCUGCUAUGAGUGACAGCCAUCCUCCCUUUGGGAGUCCACAUUUGACUCUCCACAUUCCCAGGAAGCAGAAUACCACCUCCCCAGUGCCACCUUCCUCACGAGUCUUCAAAACCCAGUGCCUUAAAGAUGGGACCCCAUUGGCAAGUGGGGCCAUAGAGAAGACUUAGCAUCUGUGAAGCCUUUGGAUGGAUAUGUGAGGAUGCUGCUUCCCCUCAGGGGUUCCUGCAUAGAGAUGUCUCUAAGCACUUCCCCCGCCCCUAGAAGAUGAGGUCCCCAGUGAAGGCAGGGAUCCCGGAGUCUCAUUGCCUGCCAGUUCCAUUAGGCAACAAAACAGCAGACGUGUUCACAGAGGGACUUGAGGGGCUUGGUAGUCAAAGGCUGCAUAGCUAGAGAUCAGCUGGAGAGUGUGGCUUGCUAUAUUUGGUAGCUGUUGGCAAGGAGAGUGAGACCCUGGUCACUGAGUCAGGCAUACUGACACAGGCAGCCAGCACUUCGUGGCAGCCAGGAGAUGCAGGUCCUGGCAUGUGUUCUGGCAGAUACACCAAUGGGCUUAUCUUCUAAUCCCACCCAGUCAGAUUCCAACCAGAGCAAGUUCCAUAGAAGGAUAGGUCAUUUUGGCGACAGACUCAGGGGUCUCAAGUAAUGGAUGCUUUAUACCCAAAUGCCAUCCCUCAGUGGGAGUGCCUUUCUUGAAAGCACCCAUCGGACUGUAAAGCAACUUGGCACCAAGUCCUUUUGGUAUUUAAUGUAAACACAGCAUAAUGGAGUGGCCUCCUCUGCCUGCUACCAUCCUGUCCUGACAAGAUUAGCUAUUUGUGUUUUAAAUCAUGUAUUUAUGUCCCAGUGGCCCACUGACCUUGCUUGAUUCCUGCCCCUAUGCUAGCAGUAGCACAGAGGUGAGGGGUGGGGUGACCAGAAGUGCAGAGAGGUGCUUGCUGAACAGCUCAUAUGUGUCUUAUGAGUAUACAUGUAUAAAUUUUGUAAUCCUAAAAGAAAAAAAAAAGAAUCACACCUAAAAGGGCCAAAGUUUUUUUCCUACUAAAACCAAGAAAGCAAAAGACAACAUAAAUACAUAAGCAGAAGCGAACUGUAAGUCAGAGCCGCCUGGCCCUCGAUGUUAGGACCACUCGCCAACCUGUGUUACUCAGAGUAGCCCUGGGUGCCCAAGGUGUGACAUUCCUCUCUCAGGUUUCCAGUGUCCUUGCUACUCCAGAGCAUUCCCAAUGCAAUCCCGUAUUCCUUACAAGGCAGAAGAGUAGGCUUUCACUGUAAGUGUUCAAAGGAGGAGGUAAGACUAUCAUGUAUUUAAUUUAAUGUGGAACAAAACAUAGUCUUACCACAGCCAAGGUUUAAAAUUGGUAUUCUAAUCUGUCCAUUGCAUGUAAAUACCAUAUGCUGCUUGGAUAUAAAGCUUAGAAAUGCAUGUGUGAAUGAAGGUAGCUGACCAUUAAUAAAACAGUAAUCCUGUCUACUACA